UUUUCCAAAGUCUUUGUGCAAAGCAAAAUAGAGAAGUUCACUACACAACAUAGCCAUUUGCCAGCUUCCACAUCCCACCAACAACAACGCAUUGACAUUUCCAAAGUUCCCAAACAAAUAUCCCACCAAUUCCAUUACACCAUUUUUUGGUUCACACUCUCAAACACAACACAAAACACACUCCAAGCUUUAACCUCAUCAAUAUGAUCCAUCGUCAUCAUUAUCAUCAUCCCAAUUCCACCCUUUUCACUUGAUCUUCAACACUUCCCAUCUUCAUCUUCCACUCUUCUCCUCAGAUCCUCACAACCAUUUCAUGUGAAAAGAAACAAAUAAAAAAAAAAUCACUUUUUUAUUUUUAUUUUCACUUCCCAAUUUGCCACAGCCACCAAACAUGGCGUUCUCUACGAGGCGCGGAGCAAACUGGGCUCAAUCGAUCCUUCCAUCUUCAAACCCCAAAUCGAAGAUACCCAGAAAGGGAAAGAAGCGCGCGGUGUUUAGAGAUUUCAUUUUUGCUAAUUUCUUCACCAUUGGCCUUUUGUUCUCCCUCUUCUUGUUCCUUCUCAUUCUUCUCCGAUUUGGGGUUCCUAAGCCCAUCACCACGCACUUCAGGGCGCGUUCCUCACGCGUCCGCAAACCCAUCUCCAGAAAGCCCUUUCUUAUGAACAGCACCACCCUCUUGGGUUCCUCUGUCGACAUCACAACCAAGGCCUUGUAUGAUAAGAUUGAGUUUUUGGACGUUGAUGGUGGUGCGUGGAAACAGGGUUGGAGUGUUACUUAUAGAGGGAAUGAGUGGGACUCUGAGAAGUUGAAGGUGUUUGUCGUGCCACAUUCCCAUAAUGACCCUGGUUGGAAACUCACUGUUGAGGAAUACUAUGAUAGACAAUCCCGCCAUAUACUUGAUACCAUUGUUCAAACUCUUAGCAAGGAUUCUCGCCGGAAGUUCAUAUGGGAGGAGAUGUCGUACUUAGAGAGAUGGUGGAGGGAUGCAUCAGAGGACACAAAGGAAUCCUUUAUCAAUUUGGUUAAACAUGGGCAAUUAGAAAUUGUUGGAGGUGGCUGGGUGAUGAAUGAUGAGGCCAACUCCCAUUAUUUUGCUAUAAUUGAACAGAUAGCAGAAGGAAAUAUGUGGCUGAAUGACACUAUUGGGUUUGUUCCGAAGAAUUCUUGGGCAAUAGAUCCAUUUGGUUACUCAUCUACCAUGGCAUAUCUUCUGCGUCGCAUGGGUUUUGACAACAUGCUUAUCCAGAGGACCCAUUAUGAGCUGAAGAAGGAGCUUGCCUGGCAUAAGAAUUUAGAAUAUGUAUGGCGUCAAAGCUGGGAUGCAGAGGAAACAACUGAUAUAUUUGUCCAUAUGAUGCCCUUUUAUUCAUAUGAUAUACCUCAUACAUGUGGUCCAGAGCCUGCUAUUUGUUGUCAGUUUGACUUUGCACGCAUGCAGGGUUUUGCUUAUGAACAAUGCCCGUGGGGGCAACAUCCUAUGGAGACCACUCAGGAAAAUGUUCAGGAAAGAGCACUUAAAUUACUGGAUCAAUAUAGGAAAAAAUCAACUUUGUACCGGACCAGAACACUUCUUGUUCCCCUUGGAGAUGAUUUUCGCUAUAUUAAUGUUGAUGAAGCAGAAGCCCAAUUCAGAAAUUACCAAAUGUUGUUUGAUUAUAUCAAUUCAAACCCCAGUUUGAAUGCAGAGGCUAAGUUUGGUACUCUGGAAGACUACUUUGUAACCCUGCGUGAGGAAGCAGAGAGAAUAAAUUACUCAUCUCCUGGUGAAAUAGGAUCUGGUGUAGUUGAAGGUUUUCCUUCUUUGUCUGGUGACUUUUUUACUUAUGCUGAUCGGCAACAAGACUACUGGAGUGGUUAUUAUGUUUCACGGCCCUUCUUCAAGGCUGUUGAUAGGGUACUAGAACAAACACUUCGUGCUACAGAAAUGAUGGUAGCUCUAAUACUUGGCUGCUGUCGGAGAUCACAUUGUGAGAAGUUUGCAAUGGGAUUUUCCUAUAAGUUGACUGCUGCUAGAAGGAACUUAGCUCUUUUCCAGCAUCAUGAUGGGGUAACUGGUACUGCAAAAGAUCAUGUGGUUAUGGACUAUGGAACCCGAAUGCAUACUUCAUUACUGGACCUGCAGAUUUUUAUGUCUAAGGCCAUCGAGGCACUUCUUGGAAUCCGCUAUGAUAAAUUAGAUCAAAGUCCUUCCCAGUUUGAGCCCAUGAUCGUGAGAUCUAAGUAUGAUGCUCAACCAUUGCAUAAAGUGAUUAGUAUUCGGGAGGGUUCUUACCAAUCAGUGGUCUUCUUUAAUCCUUUGGAGCAAACCAGAGAAGAAGUUGUGAUGGUGGUUGUUGACAGUCCUGACAUUACUGUUGUUGACUCUAACUGGAGUUGUGUUCAAAGCCAAAUUUCGCCUGAGUUGCAGUAUCAUAAUAGCAAGAUCUUUACUGGGAGGCAUCGACUUUACUGGGAAGUUUCUGUUCCUGCAAUGGGAUUGGAAACAUUUUAUAUUUCCAAUGGCUUUGUUGGAUGUGAAAAGGCCAGGCCUGCAAAGUUGAAAAUUUUCCCUAAGUCUGGUUCGGUUGCCUGUCCUACACCAUAUUCUUGUGUUAAAAUAGAAGCUGAUGUGGCUGAAAUUGAGAAUCAGCAUCAAAGACUAACUUUUGAUGUAAAGUAUGGUUUGUUGCAGAAGGUAUUUUUAAAAAAUAGUUCCCCAAAUGUUGUAAAUGAGGAAAUUGGUAUGUAUUCUAGUUCAGGUGGGGCAUACUUGUUUAAGCCCAAUGGUGAGGCCCAGUUCAUUGUUGAAGAAGGUGGGCAGUUGCUGAUCUCAGAGGGCCCUUUGAUGCAGGAAGUAUACUCCUAUCCUAGGACAACUUGGGAGAAAGGCCCCAUUUCUCACAGCACGCGUAUAUAUAGUGGAGAGAGUACAGUCCAAGGGUUUGUCAUUGAGAAGGAAUAUCAUGUUGAGCUUCUUGGCCAUGAUUUCAAUGAUAGGGAGUUGAUAGUUCGAUAUAAAACUGAUAUUGAUAGCAAGAAGAUUUUUUAUUCAGACUUAAAUGGAUUUCAGAUGAGCCGAAGAGAAACUUAUGAUAAGAUUCCUCUACAAGGCAAUUACUACCCAAUGCCCUCUCUUGCAUUCAUACAAGGAUCGAAUGGUCGGCGGUUUUCUGUACAUUCUCGGCAAUCGUUAGGUGUGGCAAGCCUUAAAAAUGGAUGGCUAGAGAUAAUGCUUGACCGCCGGUUGAUGAGAGAUGACGGUCGUGGUCUGGGCCAAGGGGUGAUGGAUAACCGUGUAAUGAAUGUUGUCUUCCAUAUAACCAUGGAAACAAAUGUUUCUGCCACAUCAAAUUUAGUUACCACCCCUUUCCCUUACAGCCCUUCACUUUUAUCUCACCGUGUUGGGUCUCACUUGAACUAUCCAUUACAUGCAUUUGUCUCCAAGAAACCGCAGGAUAUGUCUGUGAAGCCACCACCUAGAUCCUUUUCUCCUCUUGCUACUCCCUUGCCGUGUGAUUUGCACAUAGUGAACUUUAAGGUUCCCAAGCCUUUAAAAUUUUUGCAGCAACCACCUGAAGGUUCCAGAUUUGCUCUAAUUUUGCACCGGCGACAUUGGGAUUCUUCAUACUGCCGGAAGGGAAGAUCACAAUGCACUAAUCUGGCUGAGGACCCUGUGGAUCUGUUCAACAUGUUCAAGGAUAUUACAGUCUUGAAGGCUAAAGCAACUUCCUUGAAUCUUCUACAUGAAGACCCUGAAGUAAUGGGAUUCACAGAGCAGUUUGGAUAUAUAGCACAAGAGGGGCAUGUUGAAAUAUCUCCAAUGGAAAUACAAGCUUAUAAGUUGGAGUUGCGGCCGCAAUAGAGUACUUGUCACUGAAUUGUUGUUGCUGAUUUAAGCUGAACCUCGGGCAUUCUUGGAUUGGUUUAAGAUGAAUUAUUACUGGAUUUUUUCUAACUGAUCCAUUCAUGAUGGGGGUUGAAUUAUUCUUGGACUGUUUUCUCAUUUAAACAUUUGAGUUUAAGGUGGUGCAGGUAAGGAAGCGUGUGUGAAGACACGUCCAAGCAAAGAGGAGUUACAAUUGCAUUGUUUGAGGAAACGUGAAAGUGGACAUUUGUAGAUUGCUGUUAUAUAGGCAUGGAUGAGUUUUAUAGCAUCUGCGGCUACUUGUCUCUUAAUUGUGUUGCUGUAGCAUUUGUUUACGUUUUUCUUGACUUAAAAACAGUUGAAAGAUGAGUUUUGCUUAGUCCACUUAUAAAUGUUAUUGUAUAACAUGUCCCUUAGGGAGACUAGUAAUACAUGUACAGAUUGAAUACCGCUAUCUAUGCAGGAGACUUUAUUCUUCUUUGGAUGGGGGCUCAACAAUUUGCACAACUGAUACUAAAUUAUU